AUGGCGCGACCGAUUGAAGCUGUGAAAGACAUCAACGACUCAAAAGAUUUGUGGAAGAUUGCUGUUCGUUGUAAACAUAUGUGGACUGUGACAAGUUCAUCCAACAAACAACACUUGGAACUCAUUUUGGUUGAUUCAAAUCUGGAUAUGAUUCAAGCCAUUGUCCCACCGCCUUUGGUGAAAACAGAAUUACCAGACAUUCCUGUAAAUUUUUUAAACAUUAUUGGGUUGGACACCAUUGUUGAUGAAAAGUUUCAGUCUAAUUUGUUGGUUGAUGUUGUUGGAGGAGUUACUGAGAUUGUGCAAACUUAA